UUACGACUGCGUGAGGGGGGAGGCUCGCCUAUAAAUGCCCGUCUUGUAGCGUCUCGUCGCCACAGUCUCUUCCUGUUCUCGGUGCGUCUGUUGUGGCUUCUAGCUGGGACCGCAGUGGCCGUGAAGAUGGCGUCUACCAGCCGCUUGGAUGCUCUUCCAAGAGUCACGUGUCCAAACCAUCCAGAUGCGAUUUUAGUGGAGGAUUACAGAGCUGGUGAUAUGAUCUGUCCAGAAUGUGGCCUCGUUGUUGGUGACCGGGUCAUCGAUGUGGGGUCUGAAUGGAGAACUUUCAGCAAUGAUAAAGCAACAAAAGAUCCAUCCCGAGUUGGAGACUCUCAGAAUCCUCUUCUGAGUGAUGGAGAUUUGUCUACUAUGAUUGGCAAGGGUACAGGAGCUGCAAGUUUUGAUGAAUUUGGCAAUUCUAAGUACCAAAAUCGGAGAACAAUGAGCAGUUCUGAUCGUGCAAUGAUGAAUGCUUUCAAAGAAAUCACUACUAUGGCAGACAGAAUCAACCUCCCUCGGAAUAUAGUUGAUCGAACAAAUAAUUUAUUCAAGCAAGUGUAUGAACAGAAGAGCCUGAAGGGCAGAGCUAAUGAUGCCAUAGCCUCCGCUUGUCUCUAUAUCGCCUGUAGACAAGAAGGGGUUCCUAGGACAUUUAAAGAAAUAUGUGCUGUGUCACGAAUUUCUAAGAAAGAAAUUGGUAGAUGUUUUAAACUUAUUUUGAAGGCUUUAGAGACCAGCGUGGAUUUGAUUACAACUGGGGACUUCAUGUCCAGGUUUUGUUCCAACCUUUGUCUCCCUAAACAAGUGCAGAUGGCAGCUACACAUAUAGCCCGUAAAGCUGUGGAACUGGACUUGGUUCCUGGAAGGAGCCCGAUUUCUGUGGCGGCAGCAGCCAUUUACAUGGCUUCACAAGCAUCAGCUGAGAAGAGGACCCAAAAAGAAAUUGGAGAUAUUGCUGGUGUUGCUGAUGUUACAAUCAGACAGUCCUACAGGCUAAUCUAUCCUCGAGCCCCAGAUCUGUUUCCUACAGACUUCAAAUUUGACACCCCUGUGGACAAACUACCACAGCUGUAAACUGAGGCAGCUAAUGUCAAACUCUUCUCAACACUGAACUUGGCCUGUUGUACAUAGCCUAUACCAAGUGCUGGAUUGAGCCUCUCUUUAAUAAGGAAAAACAGACAUGGUACGCAUUCCAGGGCUAAAUAUUAAUUGCUUGGCAUUCUGUAUGUAUAUACUAGUAAAACAUAUUUAAUGAUUUAAAUUUCUUAUUGAAUUUGCUUUCUUUUGUAGCAAUCUAGGAAACUGUAUUUUGGAAGAUAUUUGAAAUUAUGUAAUUCUUGAAUAAAAUGUUUUUCAAAACUAAAGUUUUUGUUAUAAUUACAUGUUAAAUGUAAUUUAUAAUUACAAAUAAUGCAUAUCAUUGCAGCUAAUAAAGCUGGUAGAGGUC